GAACACUUCGCGCCAAAAAAGAAAACAAAAAUCUUGAAAACUUUUCAAAGUAAAAAAAUGUAACGUUCUCACGUUGAAUUAAGGAUAAUCAGUAUUCCGAUCGAAACGUAGAUGUGCUAGAAUGGUGUUACAGAACAGUGGACGUUAUCAAUCAGAGAAAGGCUCUGGAAAAGAUGACCAAGAAGGAUGGAAACCAAGAGAAGAUGCAACUGACAAGCGUAUGAAAAGAGCACUUGAAAAUGAUGAAAUCGAUUCCAAAUAUGGAUUUGAUCGUCACAAAGAAACUAAUGAGAAAGUUGGAUGGCUUAUCAACAUGCAUCCAUCUGACAUCAUGGAUGAUGAGAAACGUCUUGUAAGCUGCGUGGACUAUUUCUUUAUUCAGGAUGAUGGUAGCAGGUUUAAGGCUUCUUUACCAUUCAUGCCCUACUUCUAUGUGAAAGUGAAGAAAGGCACGGAAAGAGAGGUUGCUUCCUUCCUUAACAAGAAGUUCACAGGGAAAGUUGUAAAAGUGGAAUCUGUGCAAAAAGAAGAUCUGGAUUUGCACAACCAUUUAACAGGACUGAAGCAGACAUUCAUUAAACUGUCAUUUCACUGCACGGAGGAUAUGAAUGCGGUGAAACGGGUCAUCAACCCUGCUGUUAAGAAGAAUAAAGAACGGGAGAAAACCCAGGGAGAGUAUACUACCAUGAUGACCAAUCAUCUUAUGGGAGAUGGGGCCGCUGAAGCAUCAAAGAAAAUAGCUGACCAAAUGGAGAAUAUCAUUGACAUCAGAGAGCAUGACGUACCCUACCAUGUCAGGGUAUCCAUAGAUAGGAAGAUCCAUGUAGGUCACUGGUAUGCUGUACGAGGUAUGGGUACAGCUCCCCCUGUCAUCACCCCUAGGGAGGACCUCGUUGAUAGGCCAGACCCAGUUGUUAUGGCAUAUGACAUCGAAACAACAAAGCUACCUCUAAAGUUUCCUGAUGUGGCCACUGACCAAAUAAUGAUGAUUUCUUACAUGAUAGAUGGACAGGGGUAUUUAAUCUGUAAUCGUGAGAUUAUUUCGCAAGAUGUUGACGACUUUGAAUACACCCCAAGACCUGAGUUUGAAGGCCCCUUCAUCAUCUUCAAUGAGGCAGAUGAGGCACAAACUAUACAACGAUUCUUUGACCAUUUCCUUGAAGUGAAGCCCAUGCUUUGUGCCACAUACAAUGGAGACAUGUUUGAUUGGCCAUUUGUGGAGGGACGUGCAGCCUACCAUGGUUUAGAUAUGGGUAAGGAGAUAGGCUUCACCAAAGACAACCAAGGAGAAUACAAAUGUAGGCCUUGUAUACACAUGGAUUGCUUCAGGUGGGUAAAAAGAGAUAGCUACCUCCCAGUGGGGAGUCAGAACCUUAAGGCAGUUGCCAAGGCAAAGUUACGCUAUGACCCUGUGGAACUGAAUCCAGAGGAUAUGUGUAGGAUGGCAAAUGAGGAGCCACAGGUCCUGGCUAACUAUUCAGUGUCUGAUGCAGUAGCUACAUACUACCUCUACAUGAAGUAUGUACAUCCAUUCAUCUUUGCUCUGUGUACCAUCAUUCCUAUGGAGCCUGAUGAGGUUCUGAGAAAGGGAUCUGGUACCCUCUGUGAGGCACUACUUAUGGUACAGGCAUUCCACGCAAAUAUCAUAUUUCCCAACAAACAAGAACAGGUCUUCAACAAACUGACGGACGAUGGCCAUGUACUAGAUUCAGAGACCUAUGUAGGCGGCCAUGUGGAAGCCAUUGAGUCUGGUGUAUUUAGAGCAGACAUCCCAUGUAGAUUUAGAAUGGUACCUGAAGCAUUCCAGACCCUUAUUGAUAAAGUAGAACAGACAAUGAGACAUGCUAUUGAAAAUGAAGAGAAGAUUCCCUUUGACACAGUCCUAAACUUUGAUGAGGUUUGUACAGAAGUUGUUGAGAAACUGUCCAUGCUACGUGACUGUCCUAACAGACUUGAAAAUCCUGUCAUUUAUCAUCUGGAUGUUGGUGCCAUGUACCCAAACAUCAUCCUCACUAACAGGCUUCAACCUUCGGCCAUCAUAGAUGAAGAGACAUGUGCUGCCUGUGAUUUCAACAAACCUGGUGCUAAAUGUCAAAGGAAAAUGCAGUGGCUAUGGAGGGGAGAAGUCAUGCCAGCAUCAAGGAGUGAAUACCACCGUGCCCAACAACAACUUGAAAAUGAAAAAUUUCCCCCCAUGUUCCCUGGUGGUCCCCAAAGGGCAUUUCACGAAUUGUCACGGGAAGAACAGGCAACAUUUGAGAAGAAGCGACUAUCUGAAUAUUGUCGUAAAGCGUACAGAAAGAUACAUCAAACUAGACUUGAAGAAAGGACAUCAACCAUAUGUCAGCGUGAAAACUCCUUCUAUGUUGACACAGUGCGGGCAUUCAGAGAUAGGAGAUACAUAUUCAAGGGGCUGAACAAGACAUGGAAAAAGAAGCUCUCUGAUGCAGAAAAGUCUGGAGAUGCAGCUGAAAUCAAGAAAGCCAAUGGAAUGGUGGUCUUAUAUGAUUCACUGCAACUGGCCCAUAAAUGUAUCCUCAACUCUUUCUAUGGAUAUGUCAUGAGAAAGGGGGCAAGAUGGUACAGUAUGGAGAUGGCUGGUAUUGUAUGUAACACUGGGGCCAACAUUAUUAAACAGGCCAGAGAGAUAGUUGAACAGAUAGGGCGUCCUCUUGAGUUGGACACAGAUGGCAUCUGGUGUAUCCUCCCGGCAACAUUCCCAGAGAAUUAUGAAAUUAAAACGACCAAUCCUAAGAAGUCAAAAGUGACAAUAUCAUACCCAGGUGCAAUGUUGAACAUAAUGGUGAAAGAUGGUUUCACCAAUGACCAGUACCAUGACCUGGAGGACGCUGCCACCAACAAGUACAGCAUACAUGAUGAGAAUUCAAUCUUCUUUGAGGUUGAUGGGCCUUACUUGUCAAUGAUAUUACCUGCCUCCAAGGAGGAAGGCAAGAAAUUGAAGAAACGUUACGCAGUCUUUAACUUUGAUGGCUCCCUUGCUGAACUCAAGGGGUUUGAAGUGAAGAGAAGAGGCGAGUUGCAGCUUAUAAAGAUUUUCCAGUCCUCUGUCUUUGAAGCUUUCCUGAAAGGAACUUCUCUAGAUGAAGUAUAUAGCUCAGUAGCCAAGGUUGCUGACUACUGGCUGGAUGUACUCUAUAGUAAGGCAGCAAAUAUGCCAGACUCUGAGCUUUUUGAGCUGAUAUCUGAGAAUCGCAGCAUGAGCAGGAAGUUAGAAGAUUACGGGGAACAAAAGUCCACUUCAAUCAGUACAGCCAAGAGACUUGCUGAGUUCCUGGGAGACCAAAUGGUCAAGGAUGCUGGUUUGGCGUGCCAGUUUAUUAUAUCAAAGAAGCCAGAUGGCGCUCCAGUCACUGAGAGAGCCAUCCCCCUGGCCAUAUUCCAGUCCGAGCCUGGUGUUAAGAAACAUUAUCUCCGCAAAUGGCUGAAAACACAAUCCUUGGUAGACUUUGAUAUCCGCAGUAUUCUGGACUGGGGCUACUACAUUGAGAGACUUGGUGGGACUGUACAGAAAAUUAUUACAAUUCCAGCUGCCCUGCAAGGGAUUGUCAACCCAGUGCCUCGUAUUAAGCAUCCUGAUUGGCUGCAUAAGAAAUUAUUGGAGAAAAAUGAUGUCUUCAAGCAGAAACGCAUCAAUGAGAUGUUUGCACCGGCAGCAAAAGAUAUGACUGACUCAAGUGGACAGCAAUACAAUGAAGAGGAAAACAGCAGUAAUGCCAUGGAUAUUGAAGAUAUAGGUGGCACCAAUAGUGCCAAAUCAAAGGAACUGGUUGCCAUUAGCAACAAGCGUAAACGACAAGUCAGCGCAUUUGAUGAUGAAUCCCAGAAGGAUUUUGGAAGGAAAGAUUCUGAUUUGACAAGGUCUUGGAGAGAAAUACUUGGACCCCCUCCACCUAUGGGCAAAACCCAGGAUGAAAGGGAUGAAUGGGUUGCGUACCACAAGAAGAAGUGGGCAUUACAAGCUAAACAACGGGCAGAAAAAACCAAACGUAGGAGAUUAGACAAUGGUGAGAAACCCUCAGGUGGUGGAGGUGUGAUCCGUAGCGGAGGUGGCCUCAGCGGUUUUCUGCGUAAGAAGGCUCGAAGUGUCCUUGAUAUGCCUUGGCAGAUUGUGCAGAUUGCAGAGACAGGGCACCCUGGAAUGUACAAACUAUGGGCACUCAUAGGAAAUGACCUGCACGCUAUAAAACUCACCAUUCCACGCAUAUUCUAUGUUAAUCAAAAAACUGAAAAAGAAGGUGCAGGGCAAAUGUGGAGAAAAGUACAUAAAACUCUACCAAGGUCCCAUAUGGUCCAGUACCUCUACCAGUACUCUGUUCCAGAAGAUAUAUACCUAGAAAAUAUAAAUGAAAUCAGUGCUGACCUGUCAUCCCCUGAUAUUGAAGGUGUUUAUGAGACACAAGUCCCCUUAAUGUUCAGGGCUAUGGUCAGAAUAGGCUGUGUGUGUACUGUCAACAAGUCCAUCUCGCAACACUAUGGCAGCAUUGACACGGAUACUUUUGAUCUGGAUCAUUUGGAUUUCCGGACACUGGCACAGUAUCCGUACCUUGAGCCUGGGAGCAUGAAACAUAUCUAUCUUUACCAUUAUCAGAGUGGAGCAAAGAUGAUGUUUGGGUUGUUCUUCCCGAUGUCAAAGAAAGCAUCUGUAUUUGUAGUUGAUACCGUACGAACCAAUCAGAUGCCAAACAUGAAUGCACUGUACAAUGCUGAGCAUAAUCUCAAAAUUGAGAAGGUCCAGGAUGAAGAACUUCUACCACCAGGGGGCCACACAUUUGAGGUGAAAGUUGAGAAAGAUGUGCGCCAAGUGUUCCGUUCUAUCCAACGUCUCCUCUCACUCUACAAAGAUGAAAAGAAAGGACCAACAUUCAUAGCUGUCCAGUCAGUAAAAGAUUUCCAACAUAUGGUAAAGGAUAUGCCAGGACUCAGUGACUUCCCCAUGGUGCCUGUACACGUGUCUGACAGUCCCAAUAUGUUCAAGUCCCUUGAUUGGCAGAGAGUUGGUGCCAAGAGAAUGAUACAACAUUACCUCAAUGUAGACAUGAUAUUACAAGCUUAUAUGGAGCAAUGCAGAUACUUUCACAUACCGGUUGGUAACCUUCCCAAGGAUACAAUGAUCUUUGGUUGCGAUCUUUUCUUUGCCCGCCAUCUCGCUAAACACAACCAUGUCCUCUGGUGCUCCCCCUCUGAGAGACCCGAUCUGGGUGGAAAGGAAGCAGAUGAUAAUCGAUUGAUGACUGAAUUUGAGGAGAACACAUCACUUGAAAUCAACAAUGAAGGGUGCUAUUCUACUAUAUGUGUUGAGUUAGAUCUGGCCAGUAUAGCAGUGAACACUCUGCUUGAGUCAGGCCAUGUGAAUGAUAUAGAGGGAGCAAGUGCAGUUAGCUUUGACAACCCGCAGACGUACAUACAAGACAUGCUCCAAGGACAAGGGGCAGCAACAAUGUUGACAAGUUAUGAUGAAACUGCACUCUGUGCUGUCACUUUCAGGAUAAUGAAGAGCAUGGUUCAUGGUUGGAUCAGGGAUAUCACAAAUUACCAGAAUGUAUUUGCAGACCAUCAAGUCAUUCAUUUUUACAGAUGGUUGACGUCCCCAGCCUCUCUGUUGUAUGACCCAGCCCUUAGGAGAACUCUUCACAACAUGAUGAAGAAAUUAUUCAUGCAGUUGGUUGCUGAGUUCAAAAGACUUGGCUCUACGAUUGUCCAUGCUAACUUCAGCCGCAUGAUCAUCUGCACCAAGAAACGUCAACUCAUUGAUGCUUUGGCUUAUGUUGAGUAUAUCACAAACACCAUACGGGCGAAAGAGCUUUAUCAUAUGAUAGAUAUUACUUAUAGCAGCAACUGGCAGCUGCUUCUCUGGCUUGACCCGGCUAACUUUGGAGGUGUAAGAGCCAAGAUUCCAACACCACGAAAUGGAUUGACCGGCAGAGAGGGAGGUGAGGAUAGUGAUGAAGAACAACCUAACACCCCUGAAAGAGAAGAAACUUUGGACCAGUCUGACAGUGAAGAUGAUCCUGAGAUAGAGAUGAACUGGAACCUGGUGAAGUUUUUACCCGAGGCAGCUGCCUGUCAGACACACUUUAAUAUGAUAAUUGCGGGCUACAUCCACGCCAUCUUUAACCACUUAGAGAACGAGAUUCAGAGCCACACUCCAGGCAGCACGCCAGUCAGGAGGCGGGGAGGUAGUCAGACACAGCCAAGCAUAGAUGCCACUGUAACCCCAGGCUUGCUAGAGAAAUCACAACAGCUUAUUGAGAAAGACAUGUGUAUGCAGAUGUUCGCUAUAACCCAGAAAAUCCAGAAGAAACUCUCAGGAAGUGGGCGUGGAGAUUUGUCUGCGGAAUUCCCGAAGCUCCCUGGAUCGUAUUUGCCACUAAACAAUCCAGCCCUUGAAUUUAUCAAAUAUGUGUGCAAGGUUCUGUCCUUGGACUCAAAUAUUACAAACCAGGUGAAUAAGAUGCGAAGAGAUCUCUUGAAGCUGAUUGGUGUUGGAGAUUUCUCGAGGGAUGCUGAUUUCCAAGAUCCAUGUUUAUCGUACAUCCUCCCUGAAGUUAUAUGUAAGAAUUGUAAUAGCACGCGGGACGUUGAUCUGUGUCGAGAUCCACAUUUGUCUGACGAUGCUCAGUCUUUAUGGCACUGUACAAAUGAGACAUGUAAAACGGAGUAUGACGUUGCUGAAAUCGAACAACAUCUUAUUGAUGCUGUACAGAGGAAGUCAAUGGCUCAUGUGCUACAGGAUCUCAAGUGUAUUAAAUGCAAUGGGGUGAAAGAUACUAAUAUGGCGACGUAUUGUAAAUGUGCAGGUGACUUCACAACCACACAAUCCCUUCCAGAUGUUGUACAGAAACUGAAAAUAUUUAGGAAUAUAGCAAGCCAUUAUAACAUGCCUUUACUGUUAGAAACUGUGGAGUGGAUAUUGAAAAUGAACCAUCAGGCUGGUUGAACCAACAGGUGUUUAACAGUGGAAAACGAAUAUAUAAUGCAGAGUGAUAGGACCCCAGAGGUUAGGACCUCAGUUGAAGGAUAUCAAGGACAGUUACGGACAUCACUGAGGGAGUUCAGUAAAUGCAUUGCAAACAGGAACAGUGUAUUGCAACUGUGUAACUCAGUGCAGUAAAGUGUAAUGCUGAGUGCAGGACAGUUCAGUGUAGUACAAUACAGUAUUGCACACAGUGCAUGCAGUACAGUGCUAUGUAGUAUGGAACCAUGUAGUGCAUUGGAGUGCUGUGCAGGGAAGUGCACUGUUACUGUGCUGUACAGUAUGAGCUUUGAUCUACAAAUAUUCAAUAAACGAGAGUUGAUGCAUCACCUACUAUUCUGCUGAUAGAUUAUUUUAUAAACCCUCUUGAUCAUUCAAUUAGUACUUUAAAUCACUGCAACAAUGGUAACUUUUGGUUUGAAUUUAUCUGUUCCAGGAAUUUUAUAUAAAUGUAUAUAAUACAUAUGAAUGCUUUUAUGCAAAGAAAUAUAUCAUAUAAGAAGUGAA